CAGAGAGAGGAACCGAUGCUCGGUUUUAAAUCAGUUGGCGGCAGAGGCGGCCGUGACAGAUGAGUAGUCCAAGGCUCAGUGAUGGGAAGCAGCUUGGGCGAGGAUCACCCAGGACCAUAGCCACUGCCCUGCACGCUGGAGGCACUGCUGCUGUCACCCAGGGCUGUGGCUGAGGUCUAGGGGAGAGGCGGGACUCUGGGCCACCCAUUCUCCCCCUCCCCAGACACCUCUCAGGGGGCUCAGGCCACUGCUGAAAGAAGGUGGGGCUGGAGAGACCCUGGGGAGAAGAAGCCGGCCCCUGCCUCCUGCCCUCAUGUCCUUCUGGUGGCUCUGUUCCCGUGACAACGACACAAAGCAGCUCCCACCCAUGGGCAGUCUGUGCUGGCCUGGACUGUGCUGCCCAGCCUCCCUCGCCAGCUUCCCGGGGGCGCCUGAGGAACGUGGGGAUUGAGGAUCAGGGAGCUGAGCCCCGCUGAUGUGGGCGGCGGGUGGCAUCAGCCCCUCCAGCUAAGGUCAGCAUUCCCUCCUGUCUCCUGUUUGGUUUGCUGGCAGGUACUUGUCUGGCGGGAUUUACCAUGGAGGAAGGAGAGGAGGGCUUGGUCAGAGGAGCCACCGACGAGAAAGCCGAUGUGGACGCACAGGAUGACCUUCCUCUUUUGACUGAUGAGAAAUUUGACUUUGACCUCUCCCUGUCUUCAUCCAGUGCCAAUGAGGAUGAGGAGGUCUUCUUUGGGCUAGUCGGGCACCGGGAGCGAUGUGUGACUGUCAGCCCGGUGCCCCGGGAGGCCGAGCUGCUCACGUGGAGCCCUGUGCCUGGAGAGAAGUUUGUGGAGAUUUUCAAGGAGGCGCACUUGCUGGCCCUGCAGAUCGCAAGCAGCGCCAAGAAGGCGGCACCCAGAGUCCGUGAGCCCAAGCCGGUGCCAGCCCCAGGGUCAGGGGAGGAGUUUGUGCAGGAGGCCAGGCUGAAGCUGGACAUCUUUGAGCGAGGACUGCAGGUGCAGAGAAGCUCCCCAGCUCUCAAAAGGGAGACCUACUGUGUGCCGACCCCGGAGGGGGCCCCAGUGCGGGCAUCACUCACCUUUGCCGAAUCCCCAGGGGCCCCAGAGCCUGCUUCCAGUGCCCGUCUUCAGAGCCAGGGGGUGGCUGAGAGAAAAGCCGCGAGCCGACUGCCGCCCCCCAGGUCUUUGUCUGUGCCUGGAAAGGGGGCUCCCGCCAAGCCUCAACCAGGGACACAAACCCAUCCUUCGAGGCUCCCUGCUGGGAGUGCCAGAGUGUCCUCAGGGGCUGUGCCCUUGGACCAGUCUAGUGGCACUUCAGAGGCGAGCGCAUCCUUCGGCAGUGGCAGUGGCACCAAAGGCCCCCCGGGCCUCCAUGCCCCCAGCAAGUUUGGGGCGAGGAAAAUGCUGCUGAAACCUCCGGGGCCCACCAAGACCCUCCUCAGGGGAAAGAGCGCCUCCUUCUCAGGCCCCGUGUGCGGCAUGAACCUGACCCCGGCAAGAGGCAGCGCUAAACCAGGUGACCCUUUCCUCCAUCUGGCCGACACUCCUCGGCCCAAGCUGAGUGACCAGCUGAGCCACGGAAACAUCUCUUGCCCAAAGCAAACCAGAGUGGCCCCGGCUGCACCCUUGGCCAGCCGAGCCAAGGAGGCUGCCUCAGUUUCCCUGAGGCAGCCACAGACCCCCAAAACUGGAAUCCAGAGGUUGAGUUCCACCCCCAGCUUAUCCCAGCCCUCUCAGCUGACAAAGCCAAGGGGGUACAGGGGGCCCAGCUCUGGCGCCAAGGCGGGGCUGCCCACCAAUCUGCUCCGACGUCCUGCUUUCACUGGAGGUGCCUCACCAGACAGCGGUACUCCUCAAGUCCAGAGUGUGAGCCGGCGGCCAUCAGGCCCCUCGUUUGGAAGCGCUGCCCUGUGCGGCACCCCUGCCCAGUGCUCCUCAGGGGGAGCUGCGCAUCCCCCUGGCAGCAGUACCCACACCCCCCUGAGUGUCCGGCGCCUGUCAGCCCUGCCUACACCAUCCAGGCGCCAAGCGUCAGCCCUUCCGUCAUGGCCAACGCCCAGAAGUGGCUUGAGAGCCACCUCCCUGCCUCAGCUGGUGGCUGCCCAGCCCCCCUCGCAGGCGUCCCCCAAGAAGGCCAGAGGCAGGCCCGAGCAAGCCCAGGAGACAAGCAGGCCAGGGGCUCCUUGCCCGUCUGACCCCCCUCUGGGGGUGCCUUUGGCCCUCAACUUUGCCUCUCCUGAGCAGACGGUCCCCGGGACUCCCGGGAAGGAGGCCAAGGAGCAGCCGAGGACAAAGCCAGCCCCUCCAGAGGCCGUGCUCAUCCAUGUUGGCCCCAACACUCGCACCUCUGUCCCAGCAAUGCCAAAACUGCCUCUCCGUAGCCAGCCGCUCAUCGACUUCUCCAACAGCCCCGAAGCGGACCCGCGAUGGCUCCCUCUGAAACCAGCCAAGGCCUCGGCCAGUGAAGGCCAGCUUCUCAUCGACCUGUUUCACUCUCCGGAAGUAGCCAAAAGUGUCCCAUCCAAACCUCUACCAGCCACGGGGCAGCUGAUAGACCUGAGCUCUCCACUCAUCAGCCUGAGCCCUGUGGAGGACAAGGAAAACCUGGAUUCUCCACUCCUCAAGUUUUAGGUGGGCACCAAACCUGCCAGGCAGCCACCAGCCUGAGACCCGGACGCAUAUGCCGUGUGCCCAAGCCCAGGGCCCGGGAGGGCUGCGCCAGUGAACAAAAAAUGUGUAACUUAUAAGGACAAAUUAAGAAACUUUGGGGUUUUUUAUGUCAAUUUUUAUCAAGUUUGUUUAAAAAGUCCAACAGAGAUUAAAUAAAACUCGGUGAACCUGU